GGAUGGGCAGUCACAGAAGCAGCCAUUAGUAUAGCAUAAAGAAUCUGGACUUCUGGGUUUGCCGGUUGUACCACUGAGAAAGGACUAAGAAUGAGGAGACCAAGCCUUAGAGGAACCUGAAAGGAACCAGGAAUGGGGACGAUGUCCACACUGCCCCUGGAGGUCAUGCCCAACUCCACAGUGUUUACUCUGUCUGGGAUCAAUGCCAGCUGGGAGAGCAGAUACGUUUUCUUCUGCAUAACGUUUCUUUACUACCUUGUCAUUAUCGCUGUAAACCUGAUAAUAAUUGUCACAGUUGCCCUGAGGGAGCCGCUCCACGAGCCCAUGUACGUGUUCCUGUGUAACCUCUGUCUCAACGGACUGUAUGGAACCUCAGGGUUCUACCCCAAGUUCCUGUAUGAUCUGCUCUCUGACGUCCAAGAAAUCUCGCGGUCAGGAUGCUUCGUUCAGUUGUUUGUCAUUUACUCUGCUGUCCUGUGUGACUUUUCCACGUUAACAGUGAUGUCUUAUGACAGGUCUGUGGCCAUAUGCAGGCCGUUGGAGUAUCACACAGUCAUGACGCGGGGGACCGUCUUUAAACUGAUUGUGUUUUCAUGGUUUCUUCCCAUUUCUAUUAUGUUUCUUACUCUUGUCCUAAGCUCUGGUGUAACUCUCUGUGGAUCACACAUUGAGAAGCUCUACUGUGAAAACUGGGCUGUUGUUAAAAUGACUUGCACUUCAAAUUUAGCUAAUAAUGUUUUGGGGUAUUUUGUAAUUGUUAUAUAUUUUGGUCACGUGAUAUUCAUUCUUUUUUCUUAUGUGAAACUGAUCAAAACCAGCUUGAAGUCAGCAGCGAACCGCAGUAAAUUCAUUCAGACGUGUACUCCACAUUUACUCUCGUUAAUUAACGUGACAGUGGCCUCGCUGUUUGAUAUGAUGUACAGUCGAUACGGAUCCAGAGAUUUCCCACAGGGCUUACGCCACUUCCUGGCAUUAGAAUUCCUCAUAGUACCUCCUCUUCUCAAUCCCUUGAUUUAUGGCCUGAAAUUGAGUAAGGUCCGAAAUGAGGUGUUGAAGCAUGUGAUUAGUUACAUUGUAAAAUUUUAAGUAAUUCAGUGUCACAUGCGUCAUGGCAACUUGUGUCUCUCUCUGAUGCCACGUUGCCAGGGAGACCUUCUUCACUUCCAUCCCAGUGCUGAUGGAGCAGUCCCAGAGCCAUUCAGGAUAGGGCCCCCUUUUGUCAGAGGGUGAUACAGGUUAGCGUACAGGACUCAGGACUCCAUUGGAAUGGUUAAUUUAUUUGGUUAUUGCUUUUUAAUCUGUUUCUCACCCAUAUGUUCCUCUUUAGCUUGUGACCUUUUGGUGUGACCAUCUUCUAUUUUUGAUGUUUCUCCCUGCACAUGAAUCCAAAUAAAAUGUUCCAGAGACACAUGGCAAAGUGUUUAAAUUGUGCCCUUGAGAGGUAAAGGGGGCUAUCCCACAUUUUUGACCCCUACCCCCUUUUUAUUGAAUAUUUUUAAUUGGAUAAGUUGUUAUUAUCUCUGUCAUACCUCUGUGCUACCUAUGAUAUAUAUCAAUUGUAGGGUAUAGGCACACAGAUUUUGAAAAAAAAAUUUCAACUUUGGAGCUCGUUUUGUCAAAACUUUGUUUUUGUGGGUUAGCCCACUUUACCUCUCAAGGGCAUAACUGACCUGUUAACUAACAAAAAUUGUAAUUUAAAAAUAAACAAAAGAAAAAAUAAUAAUAUCCGAGAGUUUCUGAUUCUUCUUCUGCUGCCUGACUCCUCCCCAUUCUCUCUGUCUUUUCAGCCAUCCUGUUUCUUUCAUAGAAUCAGGUGCUCCUGUAGCUGAACAAGUAGAUCGUCGUAUGCUUACAAUGUGAAUAUUGUGGAUUUGUGUCCCAGGGCGAGCACAGAAAUUGCGGCCCGUCCCUGUACU